AGGCAGCUGGACACUUGCGGCCCCAAGCCGGCCGAUGGCCUGCCCGCCCACUGCCCGCUCAUCUCUGGGUUGGAUGCCAGACCCGUAGCCUGUAGCCAGACGGGCGGGAAGCCCAGAUGGACUCUGCAAGGUAAUAGGGAAUCGGAGGCAGCUCCCAGUGGCCUUCCGCCAGGACCUCAGCCCUUGGUGGGGGCUUUCUGCGGGACUGUGGGGGCCCGCGUGAGGGGGCUCCCCUGUUGGACAAUUCUGCAUCUUCUUCUGUAUAUCCACGGUUUCCGUUAUCCAAGGUCAACUGAGGCUGGAAAAUAUCAGAUGGAAAAUUACAGAAAUAAGUAUUUUGUAUUCACUCCAGUAUAUUGCAAUCAUCAGUUUAUCAGUUACUGUUGUUAAUCUCUUGCUGUACCUCAGUUAAUUUAUCCUAGAUGUGCAGGUAUGGGAAGAAACAGUACUUUAGAGUUUUGGUGAUAUAUCCAGUUUCAGAAAUCCACUGGGGUCUUGAUAUCCCCCCUCCCACCAAGGGGGAAGCUGUUGUGUGAGGUAAGUUACACCUCACUGCCUGCUAGACAUUGGGUUUCUGGGGACCUGGGUGAAUUCUGGAGCAGAGUGGGUCCACACAAAGAGAGCAGCCUCCCGGCCAGGGGCCCUUGCAGAUAAAAGUAAUUAGGUUGAGUAUUAAUCACAGCUGGUUCUCAGGCAGGUGGAGGUGGAUGGGACAGCAGACAUUCAGGGGACACAGGGAGCUGGCUUGGUUUAUAGGCAUGCCUCCCUCUGGGACCCCCCAUCCCCAUCCCCACCCCCAAUUUGGCACUGGGUAAUCUCUUGUUUUCUUGUCUCCUGUAGGACACCACUGGGUUCCCUGGGAGCCGCCUCAGGCUUAAUGAUUGUCCAGAAGGCGGCUAUAAAGGGAGCCUGGGCGGCUGGGCGGAGGAGGCAGUGGGAGAAACCUAACUCAGCAGAUCUGGGCACCAACCGAGCAAGCAAGCCGCGGCUGUAGUCGGACGUUCAGUGUCUUGGCCGGCAGGGCCUGUUCUUGUCUACCAUGGCAGCCCAGGGCUACGGCUAUUACCGCACAGUGAUCUUCUUGGCCAUGUUUGGCGGCUACAGCCUGUACUACUUCAACCGCAAGACCUUCUCUUUUGUCAUGCCCUCGCUGGUGGAGGAGAUCCCUCUGGACAAGGAUGACCUGGGGCUCAUCACCAGCAGCCAGUCGGCGGCCUAUGCCAUCAGCAAGUUUGUGAGCGGGGUGCUGUCAGACCAGAUGAGUGCCCGCUGGCUCUUCUCCUCUGGGCUGCUCCUGGUUGGCCUGGUCAACAUUGUGUUUUCCUGGAGCUCCACGGUCCCCAUCUUUGCUGCUCUCUGGUUCCUUAAUGGCCUGGCCCAGGGGCUGGGCUGGCCACCCUGUGGGAAGAUCCUGCGGAAGUGGUUUGAGCCAUCGCAGUUUGGCACUUGGUGGGCCGUCCUGUCAACCAGCAUGAACCUGGCUGGAGGGCUGGGCCCUAUCCUGGCCACCGUGCUGGCCCAGAGCUACAGCUGGCGCAGCACGCUGGCCCUGUCUGGGGCCCUAUGUGUGGCCGUCUCCUUCCUCUGUCUCCUGUUCAUCCACAAUGAACCUGCUGAUGUUGGACUCCGCAACCUGGACCCCACCCCUUCCAAGGGCAAGAAGGGCUCUUCGAAGGACGAGAGCACCCUCCAAGAGCUGCUGCUGUCCCCCUACCUGUGGGUGCUCUCCACUGGCUACCUGGUUGUAUUUGGAGUGAAGACCUGCUGUACCGACUGGGGCCAGUUCUUCCUUAUCCAGGAGAAAGGGCAGUCUGCUCUCGUGGGUAGCUCCUACAUGAGUGCCCUGGAGGUCGGAGGCCUCGUAGGCAGCAUUGCAGCUGGCUACUUGUCAGACCGGGCCAUGGCUAAGGCAGGGCUGUCUGUAUACGGGAACCCUCGCCAUGGCCUGCUGCUGUUCAUGAUGGCUGGCAUGACACUAUCCAUGUACCUCUUCCGGGUUACAGUGACCAGCGACUCCCCAAAGGAUGUUGCUUUCUGGACUCCGGCUCUUCACCCUCUCGCUGAGCUCACAGGCUUUACGGAACAUGAGCUCUGGAUCUUGGUGUUGGGAGCUGUGUUUGGUUUCUCCUCUUACGGUCCCAUUGCCUUGUUUGGAGUCAUUGCCAAUGAGAGCGCCCCUCCCAACUUAUGUGGCACCUCCCAUGCUAUCGUGGGACUGAUGGCCAACGUGGGCGGCUUUCUGGCUGGGCUUCCCUUCAGCACCAUUGCCAAGCACUACAGCUGGGGCACGGCCUUCUGGGUGGCUGAGCUGGUUUGCGCAGCAAGCACCGCUGCCUUCUUCCUGCUACGAAACAUCCGCACCAAGAUGGGCAGAGUGCCCAAGAAGGCUGAGUGAGGGGAGUGCAGGCUCUGGGGCACACCCCCACCCCCCAAACACACAUCUGUGGUCUUUUCCCUGUGCACAGUAGGGAUGCAGAGGAAGGGGGCUGCCCUGGCUGGGACUGAACCUUUGACCAGAUCUGGCCUUUUCCCUGGCCCAGGUGGCACUGGAAGCUCUCAGUGGCUAAUGAGGUACCAGCUCCCCCCUCCCUAUGCUCUAUUUAAGUAACUUUUGUCUUUGGACCCCAUUAGCUCCUAUUUCCUGCCUUCAAACAAACAGAAAACCCCUGCAGCCAAGGGAGUCUCUUGUGGCUGCCCUCCUCUGCUGGGCCCUGUCCCAUCCCAUUC